CCGUCUCGUCUGCCCUUCUCUUACCCCCCCCCACACCCCCCGCUCCCCCCAACCCCAACCCAAGUCGCUCUCCAGUGGGGAGGAGGAGGAGGAGACGGGAGCAACUUGCGGAUCGAAUCCAUGGCGCGGACCAACUGGGAGGCCGAUAAGAUGCUCGACGUCUACAUCUACGACUACCUGGUGAAACGCAACCUGCAGGCCACCGCCAAGGCCUUCAUCGCCGAGGGCAAGGUCGCCACCGACCCCGUCGCCAUCGACGCCCCCGGCGGCUUCCUCUUCGAGUGGUGGUCCAUCUUCUGGGACAUCUUCCACUCCUCCACCGCCAAGGCCUCCUCCUCCUCCGCCACCGGGGCGCCUCCUCCCCACCUCGAUAUCAACAAGUCGAGGGACCACCAGAUGAGGCUCCAGCUACUGCACCAGCACAACGCCCAACUCCACACCAGAGGAGCUGCCCCUCCUCCUCCCGCCUCCAUCAAUGCCCUCAACUCUGACAUCUCCGCCGUCCUUGCUUCUAAAAUGAUGGAGGACCGGAUCAGGAACCCCAACCCUGGCGAUUCCGACGCGUCACAGCAUCUCCUGGACGCAAACAGGAUCGCCCUUCUCAAGUCACCACCACCUAACCACACUGGGCCACCACCUAUGCAGCAGCAGAUUCACCCAAGAAACCAGCAACAUGACAUCAAGCCUGAUGUUGCUAUGCCACCGAGAACAGUGCCAGCGGACCCUUCUUCAUUAUAUACAUCAGGGUUGAUGCACCCAAAACCUCCAUUACUUUCUGCUGGACUAAAUCAAGGUGGUGUUGGGAGUGUGCCACUCAAAGGCUGGCCUCUAACUGUCCCAGGUAUCGACCAACUACGGUCCAAUUUAGGUGUCCAGAAGCAGUUGGUGCCAUCUUCGAACCAGUUCCAACUUUUAUCACCACAACAACGGUUGAUUGCUCAGGCACAAACACCAAAUGAUCUUACUAGAAUGGGUUCUCCAGCACCAUCUGCUCAACCGAAUGUCCGGUCAGAUGAUCCGGAUUAUCUGAUGAAGUUGAAGAUGGCCCAGAUGCAGCAGUCCUCAGGUCACCGUUCUAUGGAAUUGCAACAGCCACAUCAACAGAACACUAGAAAGCGGAAGCCAACUUCUUCAGGCGCAGCUAAUAGUACUGGCACAGGAAAUACUGUUGGGCCUUCUCCUCCAUCAACUCCAUCCACUCAUACUCCAGGUGGUGGAGUACCAGUUGUUAGCAGUGCUAAUAUUUUACAGAAGAGUUCGAUGAUUUGCGGCGCAGAUGGAACCAGUGGGCUUGCCUCAUCUUCAAACCAGAUGGAUACUUUGGAUAGUUUUGUUGAUUUUGAUGAGAAUGUUGAUUCAUUCUUGUCGAAUGAUGAUGGAGAUGGAAGAGACAUGUUUGCAGCACUGAAAAAAGGUUCCUCGGAGCACAACUCAGAGUCCUUAAAGGGUCUCUCCUUGAGUGAGGUAGGUAACAACCGUACAAGCAACAAUAAAGUUGUGUGCUGUCACUUCUCUACAGAUGGAAAGCUACUAGCUAGUGCCGGCCAUGAGAAGAAGGUCUUCCUCUGGAAUAUGGAUAAUUUUAAGAUGGAUACCAAAAUAGAAGACCAUACAAACUUUAUCACAGACAUAAGAUUCAAAACGAAUUCCACUCAGUUGGCUACAUCAUCUUCCGACGGAACUGUUCGACUUUGGAAUGCUGCUGAUGAAAGCGGCGCUUUGCAAACUUUUAAUGGGCAUAGCUCUCAUGUAACAUCGCUAGAUUUUCACCCAAGAUUGACAGAGGUUCUUUGCUCUUGUGAUGACAAUGGAGAAAUUCGCUUCUGGACAGUUGGUCAAACUACAUCGUCCCAUGUUUUUAGGGUGAAGCAGGGUGGUACUGGAAGAGUCAGGUUUCAGCCACGAAGUGGGCAGCUCCUAGCUGUGGCAGGUGGAACCAUGGUGAAUAUUUUUGAUGUUGAAAAGCAAGCCAACUUACCCUCUCCACCAAAGGGUCACAAUAGUGAGGUAAACUGUGUGUGCUGGGAUGAAAGUGGUGAAUUUCUGGCUUCUGUAAGUCAGGACACUCUGAAAGUGUGGUCGGUAUCGUCAGGCGCGUGCAUUCAUGAGUUAAGGUCCCAUGGAAACCCGUAUCAGUCAUGCAUAUUCCACCCGAGAUACCCUAAAGUGUUGAUUGUUGGUGGUUAUCAGACGCUGGAGCUGUGGAGCUUAUCAGAUAACCAGAGAAACCCAAUCCAGGCGCAUGAGGGGCUGAUAGCUGCUCUGGCACACUCCCCCUUCACGGGGAUGAUUGCCUCUGCCAGUCAUGACAGAUAUGUAAAGCUCUGGAAGUAGGUAGAAAGGUGAUGGACUAUACACUAGCCGUCUAGUCCUAAUUUUAUACUUAUCAUUAACUUUUAUAGCGUCUGUUUCAUUCCUUUGUUGACUGCUUAUAGGUAGGAUGGAUACGCUUUUGAGGGCUGGCUGUACAUGAUUGGGCUGAUAUAGGCUUUAAUCUGUGGUGUGUGUAGCAGUCUAGCAGAGAAGUGCUGCAUGAAUGGGGUUGGUUAUCAUCACAGAUAGAAUUUCAUUCACUUCUCUUCUGAGACUAUAUAUUAUUAAUUAAUAGGACAAAUGGGCCGGCCUGGCCACACGGGAAUACGCGAUGGUUAAUGAAUUAGUUCCAUACAGGAAAGAGUGAUGGGCCACCAUGUAUAGUUUGUACUCCAUACUAUGGGAGAAAUCUCUCAGUGAGAGAGAGAGAGUGUUGGGAGGAGGCUAGCUAGAUACAUAUGUAUUAUGGUGGAUUAGUUUGUGGGUGCAUCUCCGUCCCCAUGGGCCGCUGAUGAUGGCUUGAGCCCCCUGAGCACGGACACGCCGCCACCCUGUUGCGCAGGUGCAGGUGCAGGUGCAGAUGCUGGGUCCUUUGCUGGUGCGGCCGCUGUCGUGCUCAAGGAGAGCUGGCAGACGACGGGCCAGCCGUUGCAGGCGGCGUUGCAGUCGUUGCGGCAGUUGCCCAGCGCCGCCCGAGGGGACGCCGCGAGCACCACCAAGCACAGCACCGCCGCCGCCUGCACGCUCGUGGCCGCCAUAUCCGAUCUGAUCUCUCCACACGGCCGGCCACACGCACUUGCUUGUUGCAGCAGGUACGCGCGCGCGCGCGUGCAGGGAGAGGAGGACAAGACGGAUCGGAGGACGAGACGACGACGCCGCCGGGCCGGGAUCUGAUCGAUGACCCAUGCCAUCUCCCGGGGGCCUGCUUAUAUAUACGUAACCUCACCCCAUCCCGAGAGGCGUAGGCAGCAUAAAUAUAGGCAUUUAUGCCUGCAGCCACAAACUAAAACAUGCAGACGGCAACGGUGGAGCUGCACCCUCGCUCUGCUUUUUGUGUGAUAAAAAACACUAGCUUAUCGCCACACUUCGAACAUUGUUAUUUGUCGACCAUAUUAUACUUACUACAUAUAAUGAUGCCGACCAGAUAGCAGUGUUACUUAAACUGCGAUUCUGGUCUAACAGCUAGCUUAAA